UCAUUGAAGGAACACGUCAUUGUUCCAGUUAUUCCAGCCAAUUUGUUGGAUGAUGCUACUAUUUACCAUCUUAACCCAUCUGGAAGAUUCGUUAUCGGAGGUCCACAAGGUGAUGCUGGUCUUACUGGUAGAAAGAUUAUUGUUGAUACUUAUGGUGGUUGGGGUGCUCACGGUGGUGGUGCUUUCUCUGGUAAGGAUCCAUCUAAGGUCGAUAGAUCUGCUUCUUAUGCUGCAAGAUGGGUUGCUAAGUCCGUCGUUGCUGCUGGUUUGGCUAAGAGAUGUUUGGUUCAAGUUGCCUAUGCUAUUGGUAUUGCUCACCCAUUGUCUGUUCACGUUGAUACCUAUGGUACUGCUUUGAACGGUAAGACUGAUGCUGAUAUUUUGGCUAUUGUCAAUAAGAACUUUGAUUUGAGACCAUAUCACAUCAUUAAGGAUUUGAACUUGAUGAACCCAAUCUACUCACCAACUGCUGCUUAUGGUCACUUUGGAAGAAGCGAAUUCCCAUGGGAACAACCAAAGACUCUCCAACUCUAA